AUGAAAAUAAUAUGGGUACUUUUGGGGCUCAUAGGCUCAGCCCUAGCGGAGAAAUUAGAUCGUUCAUAUCUUCCACCACCUGGAUCAAAAUUUUCUGGAGGCAGUCCAGGGGCAAUCGAUGUUCCACUAGAGUUCCCGAAGGAAACGGUUCUUCCUAACCCUGGCAGCAAUAAUUUGGGAAAACCAGAAAUAGCAAUUGGUAUCAACCGCAUUAGCCCAAUAGCCUUCAAUCAACAAUAUGGCAGUACAUCAGAACCAUACCAAAAAAAUGAAUAUAACAGUCCUGCAACUGAAUCGUAUGCAUUAUCAGAAAUUUCAACAAAAACACCUGAUGUGGUUUCUAACGAUUUCGUUCAAACUCCUAACUUAGGUGAUUUGAAAAUCAAUUAUGAAAAAUUGUACCAGACUUCAUCAACCACAAAGCCUGGCAACCUUUUUAGUGUGAUAGAAGAAACAAAAUAUAUUAAUAACGGUGGUGAUCUUACAGAUGACAACAAUUACGAAACAGAUAAUAAAAUAAGCGAUGAAAGUAAAAAAAUAUACGGUGGUGAUAUUGACAGUAUUCCAGAAAUUAAUUCAUACUUUGCGAAACCUUCGUCACCUGCUGCAUUUGAUUUUAGUUUGUCAAAAUUAUAUGAAACUGGUGCCAAUGUUUCGUCUACACCGACUUACGACAGUUCAUCGAAUUUAUCUGAAAGUUUAUAUAGUACAAAACAACCGCAAUACGGUCUGAAACCUGAUGCAAAGACAACAUUCAACAUUCCUUACACUUAUUCGCCACGUACAGAAAGAAUACAGGCGCAGAGAGAUAGGGAAGCUGUCAUCUUAAAUUAUGACAGUGAAAUUACUCCAGAUGGUUACGCUUAUAGCUUUGAUACGUCAAAUGGAAUCCAUGUAGAUGAAAAGGCAACUGCACUAAAUGGAGUCCGGGCCACUGGAUCAUAUUCAUACAUUGGAGAUGAUGGCAAACUCUAUAAUGUCAGUUAUACAGCUGAUGAAAAUGGAUUCAGGCCUAUUGGGGAUCAUUUGCCAUCUCCUCCGCCAAUUCCUAAUGCCAUUAUGAAAGUCAUAGAACAGGCUACAAAAGAUAGAGAUUUAGGAAUUUUUGAUGAUGGAACUUAUGAUGACAGUAAAUACGGCUAUAGAAAUUAUGAACCAAAAAACAAAAUAGGAUUUUUAAAUAAAUAUAAAACAGGUGAUCCCAAAUACAUCAAAAAGCAAACAGACCAGAAAGAAAUCAAAAACAAGAAAAUUCUUUCAAAUAAAAAAGAAAUGGGAGACAAAUUGAUUACAAAAGAUUCGAUAUUUACACCUCCGGUCACAACUUUAUUACCUUACGAGGAGGAUAGAUCAAAGAGUAAUUAUGAUGAAUUUGAAAAUGAAAAUAUUAAUGAUUCAGAAAAUGAAGGUAAUAUAUUGAGUAAUGAAAGUGAUGGAACUGGGUACGAAUACUCAAAACCUCUCGACGACUUCUCUUUGGUAACAGACAAAGAGUUUGUCAAUAGAAUUUCAGAGAUUCCAAAUCUGAAUACCGAUCGAAUUAUUGCUGAGAAGACAAACGGUAAUAUUCGAGGAAAACCGUUCAUGACACCGUACGUUUAUGAAAAUGAUAACACAUUUCUCGACUAUGACAACAGUGAAUCAGUAUUGGAAACACUAGGACAAUACCAAGUUCAAAACAAAAAUAUACCGAGUGUUCAGAAUACAAACACUGUCCUUCCAACUUUUUCAAUUUCAGAAUUAAAUUCUACCAAUAAUAUAAGUGGGGAUACUGGGAUAACUAACAUACUACCCCAAGAUCAUCAAGGAUACUUCUAUCCCACCACAGGAUCUAAUUUCAACAGUGAUGCUUAUAAUCCCAUUGCAAUUUCUUCAGAGAAAAACAUAUCUGAAAAUCAAUCAACAAUUCCAAGAGAAUUUCCUUCAAGGUUAAAUUUGCAAGCUACAAAAGUAGAAACUGUUUCCAGCAAUCCAUCCCCAUAUCGAGACUACGGUUUAUUCAACGAUGAAUCUAAAAUUCCAAAUGAUUCUACAGAUGUGGGAGAGAAACGAAUGUUUAUACAACAAGAAACAACCCAGCCCAGUGAUCAAAACAGUUAUGGUGAAUACAUUUCAGUACCUGCGAAUGAAUUAAAUGACACAGAAUUCACAAUUAAUAGAGAAAAUGCCAUCAAAGGCGAGGAUUUCAGUGGUCCGAAACAGAGACAAAAAUAUGACCCUCUUACUGGAUACUACUAUUGAAAUUAAAAGUGACCGAGCUUGUU